AUUUGUUCCCCCCGCCUGGCGUUGCCGCUCGCCAUGGCCUCGCGCGGCCGCGGCCGGGGCCGCGGGUCUCAGGUGGCGCGGGGGCGCGGACAGGCACCGGCGGAGGUGGUGCAGGCCGUGCCGGGCACCAACAUCCACGGCCUGCAGACCAGCUCCAACUCCGGCGGCCGCCCCAGCUCCAAGCGUGGCCGCGGCGCCGCGGCCAAGGCCGGCGCCGGCGCCAGCGCGACCAGCGCGAGUGCGGAGCCGGCGAGCGCGGGGGAAGUGCUGGGAAGUAGCGCAGGAAGCAGCAGCCAGCUGCUGCCGGUGGGUCCCUACGGAGGGGAGACCUUUGAGAGCGUGAUGCAGAAUGACCCUGAGUAUUGCCAGUCCGUGCUGUCCCAAGAGAAUUUGGACCCCGAGCUCCAGGACUUCGCACGGUUCCUGCGAGCCCAGGCGAGCUCCAGCAAACCGCCGAGCGCAGAUGCAGAAGCCUUGCGCGCGGCGCGGCUCGCGCGGUUUGGAUAAGACAAGGAGAUGGCACCUAGCGCAGUUGACGUGAGAGCAGCCCCGGCAAACUGGACGCCAGAUCCAGCUCGGCGGGGAAGUCCGAGCAAGCUGGUGCCAGAC